AUGAGUUCUCUGCAAGCUGAUGUUACCUCAUCUCACUCAAAGUUCUCCAUAGCAAGGUUGAAGUAUGUGCUCCUUCUUCUAUGUCUAGUGACAUGUUUCUUUGCAUUCACGCCUGAGUUAGCAGCAAAGGGAGCUCCCUUUGCAAGAUUCGAGCAGCUGGAAAUCGCCCUUAACAGUUGCGGAAUCCACUUGAUCGGGUUUUCCUUCUGUCAAGAGAUCGAGGAUGACAAGUUCAUCCAGACAAAAUGUCUAUGCACCAAUGAGAACGCAUUGGCUACCGCUGCCCAUUGCUACCUAGAUGCCUAUCCAGAUCAGAUCCACAACUUUAUAUCCAUGUGCAACCUGAAAUAUGACGUGCAGUUGACGAGAUCACAAUUCGAUGAUGCGGUGAACUUUUAUAAUGACCACGCCAAACUAGAACCUAAGCCUCAGGGUCCCCCAAAUGCUCCUCCAAUCUUCAUAGACCAUCCGUUGAAGCUUAAUGACACCAAGGUUUUCGUUUACAGAGAGAUGUACGAUAUGUUUUUGGGAAACUACAACCGUUCCAUAGUCUAUGGCUUCUACUUGUCUCUAUUCUGGACUGUGGUGCUAGCUAUGGCUGCCAUGGGCAACUGGACAAAGAUUUUGUUUCCAAAGUUCUGUAACAGAUUCACUGGCCGCCGAAGUGCCUGGAUCAGAAAGAAAAUCACCUUGCCUGCGCUUUUUGGUCGCUACAAGACAAACGAGAAGCCUUUCUUGAAGAUUUUUGAUUUGCUUGUCCCUACAAGAGCUGAGACCCUCAUCUUGGUUGCAUUCUCCAUUUUGGUGAUCUUCUUGACUUUCCACAAGAUUCACUACGUUGAAGGCGAUCCAUUUUACAAUAAGAAGAUGGCAUUGCUUCGGUACUAUGCUAUUCGCACAGGCAUCUUGGGCAGCUACCUUCUCCCAUUUUCGGUCCUAUUCGCUGGAAGAAAUAAUAUUCUCCAGUGGAUUACUCGAUGGGAGUAUGCUACCUUCGUGACUUUUCAUCGUUGGAUCUCGCGUAUAAUGGUGACUCUAAUCUUAAUCCACUCCAACAAUUAUGCGGUCAUGUUGCAUGGUAAAAUGAGCAAGAAAUUGAGAGAACCUUUUGUAUUAUGGGGAGUAUUCGGAACUUAUUGUGGCAUAAUCAUCCUCAUUCAAGCGCUUUUGGUACUUCGCCGCAGAUGGUAUGAGGCUUUCUUAGUUUUGCAUAUUUUGUUGGCUCUUGGUUACGUCGUUGGAUCGUGGAUUCAUGUGAGAGACUUGUACUUCCUCUGGUUCUUUUACUGCUCUGCGUGGCUCUGGUUUUCCGAUCGUAUUAUCAGAUUAUAUCGCCUUGGCACAUUUGGCUUUCCAAUUGCUGAGGUGGAACUAUUUGAAGACCGUACGCUUAAGGUAUCUGUUAAGAAGCCUGAAGGUUUUGAGGCAGAAGGGGGUGGCCAUUGUUUCCUUCAUUUCUUACAGUGGCACUGUUUUUGGCAAUCUCAUCCUUUCACUUAUACGGUUGUUGGUGAUGACAUCGUGUUUUACGUGAAAGUGAAGGAGGGCGUCACGCUGACCUUAGAAAAAUUCCUUGAGUCCAACCCGAAAAAGACUGCUCACAUCAGAGUAGCGGUUGAGGGCUCUUAUGGGGAAGCCACGCCGGCCUCAAGAUACGACUCAGGUGUAUACAUCGCCGGAGGAAAUGGUAUCCCAGGAAUUUUCGCAGAGGCAAUCGAAGCCGCUGAGACACUUGAACAUGACUCUACACGAAAAGUAAAACUUAUCUGGGUCGUAAGAGAGUACCAUUCACUUCUUUGGUUUUACCACGAGUUAUUAUCCUUGAAGGACUCAGCGGUGGAGGUGGAGAUCUAUGUUACCAGACCAACAAACAGAUUAAAUCCGCCUGGAAAGGGAGAAGCAAUGGCCCUAUUGCACAACACAUAUACCCAUGAACUUUACCUGUCCUCUUCGGAUGUUGAUGACCCUGUCAAACAGCUUAAGAAGGAUUUGGAGCAUGUAGAGUUCAAAGAGGGACGGCCCGAUAUUCCGGGAAUAGUAAAUCAGGCAGUGAAGGAGUCGCCUGGAUCGGUGGCAUUUGUCACAUGCGGUCAUCCAAUAAUGGUGGAUGAUUUACGGCACGAGGUUGUCCAAGUUCUUGGAAAGAACUCCAAGAGGGUAGACUUCUUUGAGCAAUUGCAAGUUUGGGCAUAG